CGAAGCCGAAGCGAACCGGAGUAGAGUCACAGCCGGCCACGCGAGACGGUCAUGAGCGAACGUUUUUCACGGUUCGCGGUUUUUCUAUCUUUUUUCCGUCGUGCUUUAUUUUUCGGAGUAUAUCGAGACAACGUGUUUCGUAUAUUGUUCGGAAACGCGCUAGUGAUAUUGCGUUUCUCUAUACCUAGUCAUAAUUCAUUUUCGCGAGUGUUUUUGCUUGUGUGUACAUUGUGUUGCUCAGUGUGUUCUCAGCACGUGGAUUAUUGCUGGUAGGAGCAACUCUUGCUUAUAUUAAUUCGUAAUUGAACAGGAAGAUCAUGGAAGAUAUUGGAAAACAGGAAAUUGGUCAAAAUGUUCUUAAUCGAUAAAUCGCCUGUGAAUAGGAAUCAUAAUUGUGUUUUUAAAUUUGAUAUAAGUUUUUGAUUUUUGAAAAAAAAUAGUGGGGUGGAGAAAAGUAAUGGAAAUUAAAGAAUGAACAAUUUUUGAAGAAGAUUCUCACGAGGGAUUUCGCCCAUUUUAAAUGGGCGAGGAGAGAUCGUAGUACGGCCUUUGAGAAGGCUUAGAGAAUCGAGAGGUCGCGACCAUUUUUGGUGGCGAUGUUCACGAAGUGGUCCUUCAACUGGACACAGGAGCACGUAGGAAAAAGGAUCGCAGAGUAGUCUACGGAGUCUAGGCUACUAUGACGGACUAUUUGGAUCCACAUUUCGUCAGGGCUCUCUGCCGCGAUCCAGAACGACGAACGCUUCAAGAUCUGCAGAUCAUAUAUUAUGGUCUGCUUGGUCUGGAAGCAUUACGUCCGUGCAGAGAUUCCAUUCUCCGGGGUCUUUGCAAAAUUGUACGAUAUGAAAGGCAUCAUGCGAAUCAUGUUCUUUACUACACCGGUGAAUUGGCCACAAGCUGGUACAUAUUACUCUCCGGCUCUGUGUUCAUCGAUGGAUCGAUGUUUCUCCCUCGUUCAAGCUUCGGCAAGCGGACGGGUGGCAGCGCGAGGAGACCCAACGAAUGCUUCGUCCUCGAGCCCUCCGAGAUGAUCGUGAUCGACUACCCGGAACUGCACGGAGGAAGGAUGCAUCGACCACCGCACCCUCAUCCCAUAACUGACCAUCGACAGGUCAAUUUGGUCUUUGAUGACACGUUUUCUCAAGGCCUGACAGGCAGGCCAGAGUUGUAUCAAAAGUCCAACAGAAGCAGCCAUUCGAGUGACACAAGUUCAGCAUAUAGUGGUUCAGACACUAUGACAUCUGUGCAAGGAUCAUUAGAUGCAGAUCCAGAUGCGGAUGAUGUUGAUCUAUCAGGACUUGUUGAAUCUAUAGUGGAUAGUGAUGAAGAAGAAGAUCUUGCAGAAAGCAUGGAUAGCUUGACUGUCCGUGAUCCUGUCAGAGAAUGUUUAGAAAAAGAUCCUAUGGAAAGGACAGAAGAUGAUAUAGAGACACUCUUAGAAUUCACACAACAAUUAAAGGCCUUUACAAAUAUGACUUUGGCAGUAAGAAGAGCGCUGUGCGCUGUGAUGGUGUUUGCUGUAGUUGAACGUGCUGGUAUGAUAGUUUUGAAUGAUGGAGAAGAAUUAGAUAGUUGGAGUGUGCUUAUAAAUGGUGCUGUGGAAAUUGAGCAUAGCAAUGGAGAAAUUGAACAACUACACCUUGGUGACAGUUUUGGAAUUUUGCCCACUAUGGAAAGACUUUUGCAUAGAGGUGUUAUGAGAACAAAAUGUGAUGAUUGCCAGUUCGUAUGUGUUACUCAGGCAGAUUAUUUCAGAAUUCAACAUCAAGGAGAAGAAAAUACAAGGCGGCAUGAAGAAAAUGGGAGAGUAAUUCUAGUAACAGAAUUAAGAGGUGCUUUAGAUGGAGGAGCACGCAGGGGUCAUGUGGUUAUUCGCGGAACUCCCGAACGUUUAAUGUUACAACUUAUCGAAGAAAACAGUAUUACCGAUCCUACUUAUAUAGAAGAUUUCUUAUUAACUCAUCGAACAUUUAUUGAUAGUCCCUUGUUAGUUGCAAGUCAAUUGUUAGAAUGGUUUGAUCAAGCACAAGUCAGAGAUAGAGUUGCUCGUGUAGUACUUCUUUGGGUAAAUAAUCAUUUCACUGAUUUUGAAACUGAUCCAGCUAUGAUGGAAUUUCUGGAAGCGUUUGAAGCUGGAUUAGAAAGAGAAAAAAUGCAAGGACAACAAAGAUUAUUAAAUAUUGCGUGUGCAGCAAAAGCGAGAACACGGAAUGUAACAUUAGCAAGACCAACUAGGGAUGAAGUCUUACAUUUUAGUAUUUUGGGGGGGUAUGAAAGGGGUUUCGGUAUUUUUAUUUCAAAAGUGGAUAAAAAGUCAAAGGCUGAAGAUGUUGGUUUGAAACGUGGUGAUCAAAUUUUAGAAGUAAAUGGACAAAGUUUUGAACACGUGAAUCAUGCCAGAGCUCUUGAAAUUUUAAGGGGAUCUACUCAUCUCAGUAUAACUGUUAAAUCAAAUUUACUUGCGUUUAAAGAAAUGCUUCAGAUGCCAGAUGAUUCGCCAAGACCGCGGGGAAGAGCAAAUAAAUCCGAAAUUUCAAGAUUACAAUCAGAUCCACGUGCGAGGUUGUCUACGCAUGUGGAUACAGUAACUCCAGUAAAUCCAUUGAAUCCUUUGGUGGGUGGUGUACCAUUAUUAAUUCCUGAUUCUAACGUUUCUCCUUGUAAAGAUGCUAAAAAAGAACAUAAAGGAUUCAUGACGCUUGGACCCAAAAAGAAAUUACAAAAAGCUCUUAUAAAAAUGAAUAUACUGCCAAAGAAUACUAUUAAUGAUGGUGUACAUGUAGAUGAUCCUCUUGCACCUCCUCAUACACCACCGGGAACAGGAGGACUUGCACAAACUACUAAUCUUUAUCACUCAAAAAGUAAUCCUGACCUUACGUCAUUGUAUUGCUAUGAUGACUUAAGGGCACCUGAUUAUCCAGAACAUGUUCUAAAAGUUUAUAAAGCUGAUCAAACUUGUAAAUAUCUUCUUAUUCACAAAGAAACAACGGCACAUGAGGUGGUGAUGCUUGCUCUUCAAGAAUUUGGUAUAACUGAAGGUAGUUCGAAUUUUUCUUUAGCUGAAGUUAGUGUUGGAGAAGGAGGUAUGAUUAAACAACGCAGGUUACCUGAUCAACUGCAAAAUCUUGCGGAACGAAUUGGUUUAAGUUCUCGAUAUUAUUUAAAAACUAAUGGUAUUUCGGAGACUUUUGUAGCAGAUGAACAAGCGCCAGAACUCAUACGCGAAUCUCAGGUUCAUUUCUUACAAUUAAAUGCAGUUGAAGUUGCAAUUCAACUGACUUUACAAGAUUUCAGUAUAUUCAGGCAAAUUGAAUCUACGGAAUACGUGGAUGAUUUGUUCGAAUUAAAGAGUAGAUAUGGAGUGCCAAUGCUCAGGCAAUUUGCAGAACUAGUCAACAGAGAAAUGUUUUGGGUUGUGACAGAAGUUUGUUCUGAACACAAUCUCGUUCGACGUAGUAAAAUAAUAAAACAAUUUAUAAAAAUAGCAAGGCAGUGUAAAGAAUGUAAAAAUUUCAAUUCUAUGUUCGCAAUUGUAUCUGGUUUGGGUCAUGGAGCUGUAUCCAGAUUAAGAGCUUCUUGGGAAAAACUGCCAAGUAAAUAUCAAAGGCUAUUUAGUGAUCUUCAAGAAUUAAUGGAUCCUAGCCGUAAUAUGAGUAAAUAUCGACAAUUGGUAGCAUCUGAACAAACGCAACCUCCCAUAAUUCCAUUUUAUCCAGUAGUGAAGAAAGAUUUAACAUUUAUACAUCUUGGCAACGAUUCCAGAGUGGAAGGUUUGGUGAAUUUCGAAAAGUUGAGGAUGAUCGCAAAAGAAGUAAGAACAUUAACGAAUAUGUGUUCUUCGCCAUACGAUUUAUCGAUAAUGUUAGAAAGAGGUGGCCAGCCACCUAGUUCCGCCAUGGUUGCGUUAAAUCAAAUGACAACUGGCAAUCAAGUGUUACAAUGUCCAGGAGGACAGACUGCUACAGUAAAAAGACGAAAAAAAUCUACCGCUGCACCAAAUCCGAAAAAAAUGUUUGAAGAAGCACAGAUGGUUCGAAGAGUAAAAGCAUACCUUGCCAAUAUGAAAGUAAUAACUGACGAGGAACGGUUACACGCUUUAUCUGUGGAAUGUGAACCUCACGCGGGGGCUGCCACAGUAACUGCAGUACCUCUUAAUGCGAGCAGAGGGAGGAGACAUCCUUCUCCUACUCUAUCGACUACAAGUAGUGCCAGCAGCACUAGCGAAGGUAGAAAGAGUAUACAAGGUACAAAGUUCGGAGCAGCAUCGCCACAAGCAGUACGAAAAAUGUUGGCGCUUUCCGAUCCCCAUAAAACUCGUCCCUACCAACCAAAACACUGUCCACCGCCGCUUCCAGUGCCGGGAUUGGCAUUACAUUCCAGCGGAUUGGAGCCUAGUCCCGGUGCACCUAGGAGAGUAGGAUCUGGUAGCCGAGUUCCUAUGCAUGAGAGAUCCCAUAGCGAUACUCCUUCCAGUUUACCACCACCUGUCGAUCUCAGUGCUGAAAGUAGUAGCGUAACCAGCCUGAGCAAUCUUCAGCCAUUAAGAAAAACGUUGACCAGUGGUUCGGUGACGAGCAGUGACAGUGGUCACAGUACACAACUGGACAGCCACAGCGGAAGCAGCGUAGAAGCUGGUGGUAGUCCACCGCCACCUCAAAGACGGCACUCCGCUAUGCAAGGUACUACGGGAUUAGGAGUAGGCGUGGGCCUCGGAGUGCCGGCGGCUCUUCCACCCCCGGGAGUUGGGACGACGAUUAUGACGACGAUGACUACCAUGACUACCAUGACGUCGAUGACGACCAUGCGUCCAGGAAUCGGUAGCGCGCAGUGCCGUCAACCGCCCGCUUACAAAGUUGCGGCCCAGAUGGCAAGGUUGCACAGGCUUGGCCGUGCCCACAGCCACGAGGGUGUUACCUACAGGAACGACCAUGAAGAUGACGACGAAGAAUCGGCCCAAGUAUCAGCAGUUUAAAACGAUUGACGAGACAUGAGAGGACUCAUCCUUAUUCUUCUUUUCCCACGACCAAGGGGAACGUGUUCGUCGUGUUAGACGAUUCCCUUAUCGAAAGGAAU